UUGCAUUCUUCCUCCCUCCGCUGAGACUGACAGCCCGUUAGCUGCUGCUGUUCACCGGCAUGAUACAGCAAACACGGACACGAUACGACACUUAGCGAUGGACGCCUCGGAAACAUUUUACCACUACAAAGACGGGUAUUAUUCAGACAGCACUGUCUGAUGACACCAGAAGCAAAAUUCUUUUCAAGCUAUUUUUUAUUUCGGGAAUAAGGAGACUCGACGUCCUGGAGAGGACUAUAUGUUACGACUGCUAUUCUGCGACGUACGCCGGUCAGCUCGGAGGCAUUUACAUUCCCGUUGAAGACAACCCGAGGGCAUUUAAACUGCUGAGGACUGGUGUUGAUAACGAGUACUUCACAAUUGUAAUGUUUAUCCAAUUUUUUAGCCAUUCAGAUGAACAAAAUGUACGUCGAGGUCUAAGAGACCGUGGCUAAUUGCUACUGGUGACCCAUCAGAGCUUUAAGCUAACCAGCGGCUAACCGAAAUCCGCGUUGUGUUUUUAUUAUUUUUGCGUCACGACAUGGAGUGAUUUUAUCCUUCUGAAGUUUGUGUAAAACUGAAGUUGACGACGGUAGCGCUGUUUAUUAGCUAACGUUGCUGGGCGAAUACGUUUAGGAGCAUUUAGCUGUAUUUUUAAAGGACAAUCCGACUGCUCACUUAUGCCUCCUUAGUAUCGCGGUACUGCAGCUGACCCAGCUCGCUAGCUACCGCGUUAACUAGUGGGUAGCAAGCAUUUUUUUUUACUUUUAACAGCUUCUCAACGGUAAACAUGCAUCAGCAGGACUUUUCUGCAGACUCGCCCGGCUCCGGGAGCAGGAAGGCUGCUUUCCACUACAGAAGGGGCAGCAGCGGCGCGUCCGUCUCGGCAACCGGUAGCGGGGGAGUCGGCGCCGUUGACGACACUCCAAACCAAGCCGGAUCGUCCUCUCCCGGACCCCACCACCAGCCUCAGUCGCAGGUGACUGGAACACAGGUGAAAAAGAAGAGUGGCUUCCAGAUAACGAGUGUGACUUCAGCUCAGAUUAAUGUGAGUGGAAACAACAGUCUAGCAGAUGACACGGAGAGCUACGAUGAUAUGGAUGAGUCCCACACAGAAGACCUUUCAUCCUCUGAUAUGCUGGACGUUUCUGUGUCUCGGGCUACGGAUACAGGGGUUCCAGAGAGAAGCUCUUCUGAUGAGACUUUGAACAGCCUCCAUGGGGUUGACACACCUGGACUGGUGUCUCCCAAUGAGCCCCUCCACCCCCAUUCCAUUCAUCAGGGGUCUCAGCAGCAAGCGUCUAUGGUAAAUGGGACUGUGCACCCCCAUCAUUAUUAUUCUCAACAGCAUGGUCAGUCCCACCAUCAGCGCUCUGAUAGCCUGAGUGGAGCGGAACCCUCAUUGCCAGCUCUUCCUGUUGUUCCCUUGGCAAGCUCCAGCCCAGCAAUGACAUCUAAAGCCGUGUCCAACCUGUCCCAGAGGCCACCGGUUUUGGAUAACACUAAACCUGCAGGGGUGACCACACAGGUAUUGGCCCCUAGUGUUGGUGUAGCAGCCCCUGAUCAAGGCAUUAAGAGCACUUCAAAUGUGACUGCAGCUCCUGAAAGCACUUCUGUGAGUGGGCAAGUAGCUUCUGUUGGAGGUGGAACAGGUCCAUCCGCUGCUCCUGCAAACAUUCAGCACAGCCAAACUCAAACAGCUACAGGCUCUCGUUUUAGGGUGGUUAAAUUAGACACUAACUCAGAACCUUUCCGUAAAGGACGAUGGACAUGUACAGAGUAUUACGAAAAGGAGAUUCCUCAUCCAACUACAUCUGACGCACCAAAAGGUGCAGAGGUAUCUGCAGAGACUGAGGCAAAUAAUGUUGGCAUAGGUCCAGGCAUUCCUGUUGCACAGCCACCUCACAUACUGCACCCCUAUCAGCCACCAAGCCAGGACUUCACAAGCCCCCAAGCCAUGCAGAGCCCACCACAGGGUCUGGCCCAAACCACUCCUCUGACCUAUGUUUCCACGCAGGAUGUUGUUAUUGGGGCUCACAUGCCGAAAUCAACUGCUUCUGUUCCACUUCCCACAGCAACACCACAGGUUAUUCCACCGUCUGCAGUGAGUCAGCCUCAACCCUUAAUACCUCAGCAGCUGCCCUAUGUUGUUGAUCCCCACCAGACUCAACCCCAUGGAGUAUACCCUGCUACUCAGCUCCACGCGGGGGUCAUUCCCCCAGGAAGUGUCCGACAACCAGAUUUUAUCCAACCCACUGCUCCAUUCCAAACCCAGGUCCAGCCCCCGUUGCCCCAUGUUACAACAGGAAUCCCUAUAGCACCAGUGCCAGGUGUCCUGGCACAGCCACCUGCCAGCAUUACACAGCAGCUGGGCCAUCAAGGUUCGAUAGCCCCACUUGCUCAGGCUAGCUUUCCAGCAGGACAGCCACUGACCCUCCCGAUUCAAGCCCAACCUCAUCCACAACCACAUGUUCAGCCCUCUUCCACUGCCACAGUUCCAGUUGCAUCUUCACAUGGGAUCCCCUACAUGCCUCUGACUGCACUGCAAGCUGACCUAAAGCCAAUCCUCGCCCCUGGUGCAACCCUAACCCAUGUCCCUGGAGUAGGGAGCACUAUUAAACCCUCCCAGUUGGAGGAUGCCCAGAAGCUUUUGCUCCAACAUCAAGGCCUGCUGGGUCUGCCCAGGCUGACUGUGGCAGUAAGUGGAGAGAGCCCUGCAGAGGCCAGCAGUGGUGCUGGAACUUUGGCCCACAUUGGGAUAUCAGCUGAGGCCAGUGCUUUCAUGGCUGCUGCUGCUGCAGGCUUGAGAAGUCAGCACGGUGAAGGAGAAGAUGACAGCUCGUCGGGAGCGAGUGUGGUGGCCAUCGACAACAAGAUUGAACAAGCGAUGGACCUGGUGAAGAGCCACCUGAUGUAUGCUGUGCGUGAGGAGGUGGAGGUGCUGAAGGAGCAGAUCAAAGAGCUGAUCGAGCGCAACUCUCAGCUGGAGCAGGAGAACAACCUGCUCAAGACCCUGGCCAGCCCCGAGCAGAUGGCCCAGUUCCAGGCGCAGGUCCAGACGAGCGGCUCCCCCACCAGCACCACCCAGACGCCGGCCCUGGUCGGCUCCACGCAGGGCCUCCCCUCCACACAGAGCUCUGGCCCGUCCGCGUAACACAGGGUCUGCACACUGGAAAGCCCCCUAAGGAUGAGAUGAGGGGGGUGUACAGAGGAGGAGACUGAAGAGGUGGAGGAGGGAUUCUUGCCAUACUGUGAACUGACUCUAGCAUCAUGUCUGACUAUGCCGUAUACUUCAGCUUCAUUGGAAGACAGGAAACCACUUUUUUGUUGCACAUUUAUUUAAGCUAUAGACUUUAAAAGCGGCACCGUUGUGCGGGCGCGUACGCUUUUGUCUGCUUUGCCUGGACAUUUAUUACCCAUUUUAGACAAUCACCGCUGUCGUGCUGGACGCUGUGGUGAUAAAACCCGGAAGGACAGAACGCCAGUCGCCACCAUUGUUCAGGGCCACCAGAAGGGGGUGAAGCCGGUCAGUCAGAGGAGGAGCUGCAUGCUGUUGCUGUGCCAUCAAAUCCUGUGGAAAGUGUGCCAUUGUCUCACCCGCACCACCUCAUCUCUGCUCAGCGAUGUCCAUCUACACAAUGUCUUUUACUCGGCAUUGGUCUUUUUCCUUACUCCCAUUUGCACUUUGAUAGACUUAAUGCGACCCAUCUGGAAUGGGAGUUAGGUUAUCCAGCUCACUGUCGCUGGGUCUCUUAUCUUCAAGGCAUAUGAAAACAGAUUUUCUGGCUCGAGAAGCAGUCUACCCAUUGUUGGAUGGAGCAUUAAACAUUUAUGCAGGGAAUCAAUGUUUUUUUUAGGGUUGGAUAGAAAAAGAUUUUGUCAUUUUUGUUCAUUUUGCUCCUGGUGAUGUAAUUGAAUUCCUAGUGGUCUGUAAAAUUAAAUAACAGGUAAAUAAAUAGGACAUGACUGUUUAUAGAUAGUGAACUUUGUACAGACUAAAAAUUUCCAAUUAAUCUCUGCCAAGUGCCUGGUUUCUAACCAUAGAUAAAUAUAUGGAAGUGUUUUUAGUUGUUUUGUUUAUAUAUUUGUAUACAUAUAUAUCUAUGGUUUGCCAGGUUUUGUGCUACCUGUGAAGUCAGUACUCAGGGUGAGACCAGACGAGGAUUAUUUACCUGGACACUAAGAUGCUGUCUCUCCUGCACUGACACACAGAUGCACGUGAACUCUCCUCUACAGUCACUUAAAAACUCACAUGCUCAAAUGAUCUGCACUGUUUUACCAUUUGAGGACGUGUGUAGCUGUAUUUAAAGUUGUUGUUUUUUUCUUUUUGUACAACCAAGUGUUUUGAGUUGCUCGUAGUGGGACUGGAGCGCUGAACACAAUAAUAAAGACUCUGCAAAAAAUUAAAAAACACAGGAGAAAAGAAAGGAAGAUGCCUGGCAGAAGUAUGUCAAUGUUUUGUGCAUGUUCCUCAACUCAUCACAAAUGUGACGUUACAAUUGCACUAGACAAUUGCACCUCAAAUAAAAAGACAACAAAAAUGGA